UCCCUGUCCAGUCUGAGGGCCAGCUGGAGUGUGGGCUGCUGGGUGGGAACCACGUCGGUCCUGGGCCCUAGGAAGGAGGCAAGACCCGGCAGCCCCUGACGCACCACCUGUACCCUCCGCCUGGCGCCACCCCGAGUUCCCGUAGAGACAGGUCCCCAACAUUGCCACCACCAUGGAUCACUCCUUCAGCGGUGCACCGCGCUUCCUGACCCGACCCAAGGCUUUCGUCGUGUCUGUGGGCAAGGACGCCACACUGAGCUGCCAGAUCGUGGGCAACCCCACGCCACACGUAAGCUGGGAGAAGGACCGGCAGCCGGUGGAGGCAGGCGCACGCUUCCGACUGGCCCAGGACGGCGACAUAUACCGCCUCACUAUCCUGGACCUAGCGCUUGGCGAUAGCGGGCAGUAUGUGUGCCGCGCGCGCAACGCGAUUGGCGAAGCCUUUGCGGCCGUGGGCCUGCAAGUGGACGCUGAGGCCGCGUGUGCUGAGCAGGCACCACACUUUCUGCUACGGCCUACGUCCAUCCGCGUGCGCGAGGGCGCUGAGGCCACAUUUAGCUGCCGCGUGCGCGGCUCGCCACGACCAGCUGUGAGCUGGUCCAAGGACGGGCGGCGCCUGGGUGCACCAGACGCCCCCCGUGUACGCGUGGAGGAGCAAGGCGAGGCGAGCAAGCUGCGCAUCCGGGCGGCGCGACCGCGGGACGGUGGCACCUACGAGGUGCGGGCAGAGAACCCGCUGGGUGCAGCCAGUGCUGCUGCCUCGCUGGUGGUAGAUUCAGAUACGGAAGCUGCCAGCCCACCUGGGGCCUCCACGGCAGCGCUCCUGGCUCACCUGCAGCAGCGACGUGAAGCCAUGCGCGCAGAGGGCGUCCCCGCCUCACCACCCGGCGCCGGCACCCGCACCUGCACUGUGACAGAGGGCAAACACGCGCGUCUCAGCUGCUACGUGACGGGUGAGCCCAAGCCUGAGAUCGUGUGGAAGAAGGAUGGGCAGCUGGUGACAGAGGGACGGCGACACGUGGUGUAUGAGGAUGCGCAAGAGAACUUCGUGUUGAAGAUUCUGUUCUGCAAGCAGUCGGACCGCGGCCUCUACACCUGCACGGCGUCCAACCUCGUGGGCCAGACCUACAGCUCCGUGUUGGUGGUGGUGCGAGAGCCCACCGUGCCCUUCAAGAGGCGGCUGCAGGACCUGGAGGUGCGGGAGAAGGAGUCUGCCACGUUCCAGUGCGAGGUGCCGCAGCCCACCACCGAGACUGCGUGGUUCAAGGAGGAGACGCGGCUGUGGGCGAGCGCCAAGUACGGCAUCGAGGAGGAGGGCACCGAGCGCAGGCUGACAGUGCACAAUGUCUCAGCUGACGACGACGCCGUGUACAUCUGCGAGACCACGGAGGGCAGCCGCACUGUGGCGGAGCUCGCUGUCCAAGGGAACCUGACGCGGAAACUGCCCCGGAAGACAGUGGUGCGCGAGGGGGACACUGCCAUUUUUUGCGUGGAGCUAGCAGUGCCUGAGGGCCCUGUGCGCUGGCUGAGGAACCAGGAGGAGGUGGUGACUGGUGGCCGAGUGGCCAUCACAGCGGAAGGCACGUGCCACAUGCUGACCAUCUUUCAGUGCAGCUUGGAAGACAUGGGGGAGGUGGUCUUCAUGGCUGGAGACUCCCGCACUUCCACCCAGUUCUGCGUGUCUGCCCCCAGGAGGCCACCUCUCCACCCCCCUGUGGACCCUGUGGUGAAGGACAGAACGGAGAGUUCUGUGACCCUUGGCUGGUAUCCACCACCCCCCGGGGACCGCCCUGUGACCAUUGAUGGCUACCUGGUGGAGAAGCGGCGGCUGGGUACCUACAUCUGGAGGCGGUGCCACAAGGAUGAGUGGGUGGCCACACCUGAGCUCACCGUCACAGGUGUGACUGAGGAGGGUGACUUCCAGUUCAGGGUGUCAGCUGUCAACAGCUUUGGCCAGAGUCCAUACCUGGAGUUCCCAGGGACCAUCCACCUGGCCCCCGAGCUGGCCGUGAGGACGCCCCUGAAGGCAGUGGCAGCAGUGGAGGGUGGAGAAGUCACCUUCUCUGUGGACCUUACUGUGGCCUCUGCUGGUGAAUGGUUCCUGGACGGGGUGGCUCUGAAGGCCAGCCGCACGUAUGUGAUCCGCUGUGAUCGCACCCGGCAUACACUCACCAUCCGAGAGGUGCCUGCCAGCCUGCAUGGGGCACAGCUCAAGUUUGUGGCUGAUGGCAUUGAAAGCAGCAUUCGGAUGGAGGUCCGAGCAGCUCCUGGGCUGACUGCCCACAAGCCACCAGCGGUAGCCGCUCGCGAGGUGCUGGCCCGGCUACAUGAGGAGGCUCAGCUGCUGGCUGAGCUGUCGGACCAGGCUGCAGCUGUGACGUGGCUGAAAGACGGCCGUGUGUUACCUCCUGGGCCCAAGUACGAGGAACAGGCUUCAGCUGGGCGGCGGGCACUGCUAGUGCGCGACGUGGGGAAGGAUGACGCUGGCCUCUAUGAGUGUGUCAGCCGCGGGAGCCGUGUUGCCUACCAACUGUCUGUGCAAGGCCUCACGCCCUUUCUACGCAAAGACACAGUGGGCGGCUGUGUGGAUGCUGAGUUGGGGGGCCCGGCGAGGUUUGAGUGUGAGACCGCGGAUGCCCACGUCCCCGUGUGCUGGUUUAAAGAUGGCAAGGAGCUGGGUGGCUCCUGCCAGCGCUUCUCUCAGGAGGACGUGGGGACCUGGCAUCGGCUGGUAGUGGCCUCGGUCAGCAGGCAGGAUGAGGGCACCUACUCCUGCCGUGUGGGUGAGGACUCUGUGGACUUCUACCUAAGGGUCUCUGAGCCCAAAGCUGUGUUUGCCAAGGGGCAGCCGGCACAAAGCGAGGUGAAAGCUGAGGCAGGGGCGAGUGCCACUCUGAGCUGUGAGGUGGCCCAGGCCCAGACAGAGGUGACAUGGUACAAGGAUGGGAAGAAGCUGAGCCAGAGCUCCCAGGUGCGCGUGGAGGCCUCUGGCUGCAGGCGGCAGCUGGUGGUGCAGCAGGCAGGCAAGGCGGAUGCUGGGGAGUACAGCUGCGAGGCUGGGGGCCAAAGGAUCUCCUUCCACCUGGACGUCACAGAGCCCAAGACUGUGUUUGCCAAGGGGCAGCUGGCACACAGUGAGGUGAAGGCCCAGACGGGGGCCAGCGCCACCCUGAGCUGCGAGGUGGCCCAGGCCCAGACAGAGGUGACAUGGUACAAGGAUGGGAAGAAGCUGAGCCAGAGCUCCCAGGUGCGCGUGGAGGCCUCUGGCUGCAGGCGGCAGCUGGUGGUGCAGCAGGCAGGCAAGGCGGAUGCUGGGGAGUACAGCUGCGAGGCUGGAGGCCAGAGGAUCUCUUUCUGCCUGGACGUCACAGAACCCAAGACUGUGUUUGCCAAGGGGCAGCUGGCACACAGUGAGGUGAAGGCCCAGGCGGGGGCGAGUGCCAUUCUGAGCUGUGAGGUGGCCCAGGCCCAGACAGAGGUGACAUGGUACAAGAAUGGGAAGAAGCUGAGCCAGAGCUCCCAGGUGCGCGUGGAGGCCUCUGGCUGCAGGCGGCAGCUGGUGGUGCAGCAGGUGGGCAAGUCGGACACUGGGGAGUAUAGCUGUGAGGCCGGGGGCCAGAGAGUCUCCUUCCAUCUGGACGUCAUAGAGCCCAAGGUGGUGUUUGCUAAAGAGCAGCUGGCACACACCGAGGUGAAGGCCGAGGCGGGGGCCAGUGCCACUCUGACCUGUGAGGUGGCCAAGGCCCAGACACAGGUGAUGUGGUACAAGGAUGGGAAGAAGCUGAGCCAGAGCUCCUGGGUGCGAGUGGAGGCCUCUGACUGUAGGCGGCAGCUGGUAGUGCAGAAGGCGGGCAAGGCAGAUGCUGGGGAGUACAGCUGCGAGGCCGGAGGCCAGAGGGUCUCCUUCCACCUGGACAUCACAAAGCCCAAGGUCCUGUUUGCCAAGAAGCAGCCUGCAUGCAGCGAGGUGAAAGCCCAGGCGGGGGCCUGCGCCACUCUGAGCUGCGAGGUGGCCCAGUCCCAGACAAAGGUGACAUGGUACAAGGAUGGGAAAAAGCUAAGCCAGAGCUCCCAGGUGCCCGUGGAGGCCUCUGGCCGCAGGCGGCAGCUGGUGGGGCAGCAGGUGGGCAAGACGGACGCUGGGGAGUACAGCUGUGAGGCCGGGGGCCAGAGAGUCUCCUUCCAUCUGGAUGUCACAGGGCUGAGCCAAUGA